AUGGAUUUCUCUGGCUCAGAGUCAUUUACAUACCACAUGAGCACAGCACUGCUCGACACUCGUCCCAUCAUUAUAUCUGGCCCUUCUGGCGUUGGCAAGGGUACAUUAAUACAAAGAUUGAAGGGCAAUCACCCAACCAUCUUCUCAUCCGCUGUCUCACACACGACGCGCCAGCCGCGACCUGGCGAGGUUGAGGGAGUCGCCUACUUCUUCUGCUCCGCGCCAGAGUUUCACAGCAUGAAAAUGCGGAAAGAGUUCGUCGAGCACACUUAUUUCAGCGGCAACUUCUAUGGCACGAGCAGGAAAGCCAUGGCUGAGGUGAUGAAGGAGGGUCUGGCCCCCAUCUUGGAUAUCGAGAUGGAGGGCGUCAAGAAGAUACAGUCUUCAGACUUGGUUGCUCGCUAUAUCUUCCUCAAGCCUCCAAGUCUAGAAACACUCGAAGCCAGACUUCGAUCCCACGGUACCGAAAAUGAAGCGAGCAUCUCACAGCGUUUGGAACAAGCCAAGCUAGAGCUUGAGUUUGCAGAGACUGGAGUGCACGACAUGAUCAUCGUCAACGACGAUCUUGAUGAAGCGUAUCAGCAGCUGGGGGACUUUAUCUUUCCGCAUCGAAUCUAUAGUUAG